AUGAGCUGCGAGUGGAAGCUCGGAGCUUCUAGUGGAUUCAUUGUCAUCAGCAUCGUGGAUUUCCACCUUAGAUCUGGAGACAUCGUUACAGUGGAAGGGCCAGGCUUGGAGCUUGGGGAUUUGGCGACAAGCCCGGGAAACAAAGUAGCCUUAAGCGGAACCACACCCGUUACAAGGGUAAUUUCCAGGCUUCCUAUGAUAAAUAUUACGAUGACAACCAACGCGUUCAUGCGGGGAACAGGAUUCAAAAUGAAGAUUGAGGCGUUUGAAACUACGCCGAGUGAGUGUUCCGGCGAGCCUGAUUUCCAGUGUGAGGGGUCAACGCUCUGCAUUUCAUCCCGUACCGUUUGUGAUGGUUUAAAGGACUGUCCCUUCGCCUUCGAUGAACAACACUGUUAUGAAUGUGAUGGAAUAACAAUCAACCUGCAGGAGAACAUUCCCUACACCUUUACGUCUCCUAACUACCCUGACCGAUAUCCUAACUCCCUGAACUGCCAGUGGGAGUUUCGAGCCUCAAGUGGAUUUAUUGUCAUCACCAUCUUGGAUUUUGUGACUGAACGUCGGUAUGACUUCGUUACAAUAGAGGGCCCUGGUUUGGAGCUCGGGGAUUUAACAACAGGCUCAGGAAACAAAUUGAGCUUGACUGGGAACACAGCUGUUACGAGGGUAUCCUCAAGGCUUCCUAUCAUCAAUAUCUCAAUGACAACCAACGAGUUUAGGCGGACAAGAGGAUUCCGAAUGAAGAUUGAGGCGUUCAAAACUUGGCCGAGUAAGUGUUCAGGUGUGCCUGACUUCCAGUGUGAGAAUUCAACGUUCUGUAUUUCAUCCCGUGCUGUUUGCAAUGGUUUGAAGAACUGUCCCUACGGAUUUGAUGAACAGCAAUGCUAUAGUAUAAGUUGCCCCGAGUUUUUCCAAUGCAGGGAAACCAGAGAGUGUAUUUUUUGGGAUCAAGUUUGUGAUGGAACUAAGCACUGCUUAAUCGGCGAUGACGAAACGAAUUGUGAUCUCUGUGGAGAGAAUGAAAUCCAUCUGGAGGAGGAUCUUCCCUACAAUCUGACCUCUCCUAACUACCCCGACCGGUAUCCCAACUACCUGAGCUGCCAUUGGGAGUUUAGCGCUUCAAAUGGAUUCAUUGUCAUCAGCAUCUUGGAUUUCAAAACUGUGACAUCGUCUGACUUCGUCACGUUUGUUUGA